AUGAGCAUACAACUCUGCAAUAUGGACUCCAGCCAAGGUAAGCCCUUACAUAAUGAACUGACCAGCAACAUGGAGUCCGCAGAGUUGUACAAAAUGCUCACCUCCCUGGCUCUGCAAGUCUCCAGCCUGGGCCAUACCAUUUUGGAACUACAGCAAGAAGUUCAAUUACUUAAAGGGACAGUACGCCCAGCCCCCGAACCAGCAUAUCCUGAGCCAUUUGUUAUGAUGCCAGAGAGGUUUGCCGGUAGCCGUGCAUCCCUCUUGUGUUUUAAGAUGGAUUGUGAGCUGCUGUUUGCUCUUAAACCUAGGACCUAUGCCACGGACUAUGUUAAGGUUCGCGCUUCUAUCAACCUGCUAACAGGGCAAAUCAAAUCAUGGGCUCAUCAGCUGUUACAGGAAAAGAGUCCAGUCUUGGACAGCUGGGAAACCUUUGUUUGCUCUGGACGCUCACAUUCCUACUUCCAAGAAAACCAAUGCUCCCAAAUCUGA